AGCUUGUGUGAGCUUCUAGAAUCCAGAUUCCCACAUACAGGUCACUUGGCGGGAUUGGUGGCGUCGUCUCCUCUCCUCAGCCGUCAGAGCUGGUUGUGGUUACCUGCUCCUUGUAGUCCUGUCGACAACCCAUUUCUUUAAUGGCGACGCGACCAACUCGAUUCGGGGUUUUCUGUCUGUUCGUAGCUUACACGUCCAUUACGCUGCGAGUCUCGGCUGAGAUUUCAGCUUCGAGUGCCCCAUUAAAGGCCAAUCCGUUCCACAAACUCUUCAAUCCUUCGUGGAAGGAGCCUCGAACCAGAAUAUCGUGUCUUUCAGACAACAGGGGCCAGCGUCAAGAAGGAAGAAAGAAGUACCUUCAUGUCUCCGUCGGGGGAGGUCUCAAUCAGCAACGCAGAGGAAUAGCCAACGCCGUAGCCGUUGCAAAAAUCAUGAACGCUACUCUUAUUGUUCCCAGAUUGAUCGUACAUCCAGCCUGGGGUGACCAAAGCAAGUUCUCGGAGCUUUUCAGCGUCCCGCACUUCGUUCAGACCCUGAAGGAAGACGUGGAAGUGAUUGAGUAAGAAACUUUCAGGGAGUUCCUACUACCCGUUAUCGAACACUGUGCUAACACUUCCCUCCCCGAACCAGAGAUAUUCCUGCAAGCGUGAACUUCUCAUCCUUAGAAAGGCUUGCCACAGUAAGCCUCCCUUCAGAGGCGCUUGAACCAGAGUGGUACAUCAAGAACGCGUUUCCCGUCGUUCAGAAAUACGGUCUCCUUGUGUUGAAUUAUUUCUUCAUGCAUCUUCAAGACGAUCUUCCACUUCCACUUCAGCAUUUGAGAUGUCGUGCUCAGUACCAUGCGCUUCAGUUCGUGAGCCCUAUCUUAAGUAUGGGUCUUCAGGCUGUCCAAAAGCUUCAGAGCACUGGACCUUAUGUGGCUGUUCAUCUCCGAUAUGAGCCUGACUGGAUUGUUCAUACAGGCUGCUUGUAUGAUGAAGCAACAAAUGCGUACAUGGAGAAGUGGGCAUCUGAGAGAAACAUUCAGUUUCAAUCAAACGUCACAGAGAGCGAUUUGAGAAAGCAAGCAGGUCUUUGCCCCAUCACCCCCCAAGAAACUGCUCACAUUCUCAAGGCUUUGGGCGUCGACAGCAUGACAACGAUAUACUUCGCUGGUGGAGCGAUGAAUGAGGGUGCAAAGCUCAUGAGGCCCCUGCACCGAGCGUUUCCUCGCCAUGUUGUAACAAAGGAUGAUUUGUUGCAGAGUACAAUUGGAAACCUAGCCAGCAGACCAUCCGUGCUUGCUGCAAUCGAUUACAUCGUUUGCCUUCAUAGUGACUUCCUCAUGAUGACUGCUGGCGGUAACAUGGGGAUGAUGUUACGAGGCCACCGUUUCUACCUCGGAGAUUUCAAGGAAACCUUCCAGCCUUAUGGGCCUGCUCUGGUCCCUGCCCUUUUGGGCCCAAGGCCCAAUUUAACUCACUUGGGAAAUUUGCUGGCCCAGCAACGCAUGCAAAAAGCACAAGAUCCCUUGGAUGCAAGAAGGCUGCUGAAGUUCUAUGACCGCCCUUGGGAAUGUGUCUGUGAAAAGGCUUUACCUUCAGCAACAGCUUGAUGCAUAGCAGUUUCAAUCAACUCUAGGAGCUCCUGUUAUGCCAACAAUUAGCACAUACA